AUGGAAGAUAAUAUCCACGCUCCUACUGUGUCCUCCGGACCUACGUCCGGAGAGGCUCCUCGCGAUCUGGCUAAGCUGUCGAUGACCGACUUGAUGCAAGAAAAGGAACGCAUCGAGGAAGAGCUAUCGGCGCUCAGCAGUGUCCUUGGCUCCCAUGGCGUGAACAUGAACACCACUCUCACAACCUUCGACGGAUACCCACGAGACGAUAUCGACAUCGCCCAAAUCCGUACGAUUCGAACCAAGAUCAUUCGACUUCGCAACGAUCACAAAGAUACCAUGACCCAUCUCGAGAAGAAGGUCCACGAACAAUUUACAAACUUGCAACGCGCACAAAGCUCUACGACUGCCGAUAAUUCCAACGGGACCAACGGAGCACGGUCGGACUCGAAUGACACCUCUCUAUCAAAUGCAGGGGCACUGGGACCCGCAUUUGCAAGAGUGAACAGCGUCGUUCCUGCAAGCCCCGCCGAUCAGGCCGGCUUAAAAGCAGGCGAUGCUAUUCGCAGCUUUGGAACUGUGAACUGGAUCAACCAUGAACGUCUGACCAAGGUUGCAGAACUCGUUCAGCAGAAUGAAGGCCGAGCCGUCUCCGUAAAGGUUAUCAGGAAAGAUGAGUUGGGCAGCAGUGCGGAUUUGGACCUGGAGCUUACACCACGCCGUGACUGGGGUGGUCGAGGUCUAUUGGGCUGUCAUCUGGUCCCUCUCUGA